AUGAAGCUAAACCCGGAUGGAGACGUGGAUCCAGGGGCACCAUGUACUACUUUUAGACCGCCAAUUACUCCAGGGGGCACCAAAUCCACCGUCAAGGUGGACAAGGAUGGAGCCUUCGAGCCUUCUAGUACAGCUGGCAUAUUAAAGCCAGCUGUGUUAAUGUUCGGCGAGAGCAUAGCAUCCUCUGUGAAAGAGGCUGCAGAGCGUGCCAUUGACUCUGCAGGACGACUUCUUGUUAUUGGGACGUCUCUGGCGACAUAUUCCGCUUGGCGGUUAGCCAGGCGGGCUAAAGACCAAGGCAUGCCCAUUGCAAUCGUCAAUCUUGGUGGCGUACGGGGGGAAGAGCUUUUCUUUGAGAAUUUAGAUGAGGGCCAGAGAGGGGAAUUGGGCGUAAGAGCUGAGAUGUCUUCGGAUAAGCUACUUCCGACCCUCCUUGAUCACCUCCACGCACUUGGAGCGGGCACAUCUGAUAGGCCAUCGCAGGCUGCGGCGAAAGGUUUGACAAGAAAUAACAGUCCCUUCAAGGACAUGCUCUCAUAG